UGUCCCGACUUUUCGUCACUCCUCAGUCUCUCGUCCAACUUCGAAGUCAUUUGACACUACAAUGACUAAGCUCCCAAAGCUUUCUUCGAUCCUCCUCCUCGUCCUGAUCGUCUCAGAAGGUUGGGCCACCAACAAAGCUCACUCUUAUCAACAUUUUCACGGGCCGGUGAGUGGGCACCACCAAAAAAUAACGUGGCUCGACAAACACGGUCACCAUCAUGACGAUUACGUUGCCGAGCCGAGUUACAAAUUUUCUUACGGCGUCCACGAUCACCAUACGAAAGAUAUGCACGAGCACAAGGAACAUCGUCAGGGAAAAUACGUGAGCGGAGAGUACACGAUUCACGAGCCUGGCGGAAACGUAAGAACCGUGAAGUACCACAGCGACGAGGAUGGGUUUCAUGCCCACGUACACAACAGUGGACCAACUGGGCACCAUUAUUGACCACUGAUUAUUGUACUAAAAGCGUUUU